AUGGCAGCCCUCUCAAAGCUUCUCAACCUUCUAAAGUCCCUUACUGUCUCUCUCCUUCUUGUCUCCCCUACCACCCUGGCCACGAAUAACGUCAUCUUCAAUAACUACUGCCACUAUCCAUUGUACUUCUGGGCUGUCAGCACCGAAGUCGUGCAUGACGAGGCAUCCAAUUAUGUACCUGCACAUGACACACUCGUCCACCGCAUGGUGAACAUUGGCAACCCUGGCAUCUGUCUCAAAAUCCGCGACGUCCCCAUGUACGAGCAUGGCAGGCAAUCCAUCCUGCAGCUUGAAUACAACAUCGAUUGGAAUGACUCGAAGUGGCAUUGGGACUUCAGCGCCAUCGACUGCGCCUUAGGAGUUCCGGCGACCGAGGAGGGAUACUGUCCCUUUAUUGGUGGAGGUGUGCAUGUGUAUACCACUGGGGACGAUGCCACCUGCAAAUAUGCACACUGUCUCGGAAAUCAUGAGGCGGAUUGCGUGAAUACUUACACCAGACAUGGGAGCUGGCAUGGAGAGCCUUCGUGGUCUUGCCCGAUGGGCAAUGACCUUAUCAUCGACACGUGCACCAGCUGGACGCCUGCAAGGACCUAUAUCAACGGGAAGCCAUUUACAGAGACCGACUAUCAGCCGCCACAACCUCAGCCUCCUGACCCUGCCCCUGGAAGCUCAUGUGACGAGCCAUGCGAUUACUUCGGACCCGUACCUCACAGCAUCGAGGAGCUCCCACUCUGCGGUUCUUGUUGA